CGCAGGCGAACUUGGAUCAGCCCGUCACCAUGAUUUUCAUGGGCUACCAAAACAUUGAGGACGAAGAGGAGACAAAAAAGGUGCUAGGCUACGAUGAAACCAUCAAGGCUGAGUUGGUCCUCAUUGACGAAGACGACGAGAAGUCCUUGAGGGAGAAGACCGUGACGGACGUGUCCACAAUCGACGGGAAUGCGGCGGAGCUGGUGUCUGGGAGGCCCAUCUCCGACACCACCGAGCCCUCAUCCCCAGAAGGGAAGGAAGAGAGCCUGGCCACAGAGCCAGCCGCAGGAGUCAGGUGGGAGAACGUGCUGGUGAAGGGCGAUGAGGCAGCCUCGGAUGCCACAGAAGCAUCCAGCGCAGACAUGACUAUCAAGAAGCCUCCCCAGCUCUCCGAGGAUGAUAUCUGGCUAAAACACGAGAGGGACAACUGUAGUGCCAACCCCCUGGAUGCUGUGAUCAGCCCCCUUCCCUCAAAUCACAAAAACAUGGAAAUUGAGGUCUCUGUUGCAGAAUGUAAAAGUGUUCCUGGAAUCACCUCUGCUCCACAUUCCAUGGACCACCCCUCCCCUUUCUACUCGCCCCCCCACAAUGGCCUCCUCGCUGAUCACCAUGAAUCUCUGGAUAAUGAUGUGGCCAGUGAGAUCCGAUAUCUAGACGAGGUGCUGGAGGCCAACUGCUGCGAUUCAUCUGCGGACGGAACUUACAACGGCACAUCCUCCCCGGAGCCUGGCGCAGCCGUCCUGGUGGGCAGCCCGAGCCCACCUGCCCACACCGCCGUCCCGCCAGAACCCACUGAGAGAGCAGCCGGCAGGCAGGUGCCGCCUCACAUUGAGCUCAGUAAAAGCAACUCUGACACCAUGGCGGAGGGUGACAGAGCCAACGGCCACUCCCCUGACCAGCCCCGAGAUCUGCUGGGGGACAGCCUGCAGGCACCCGUGAGCCCCAGCUCCUCCACCAGCUCGUGGUGCUCGUCCCGAGAUGGGGAGUUCACGCUCACCACACUGAAGAAGGAAGCCAAGUUUGAGCUGCGUGCCUUCCACGAGGACAAGAAGCCCUCCAAGCUCUUUGAGGACGACGAGAAAGAACAAUACUGUGUCCGAAAAGUGAGGCCUACGGAAGAGAUCCUGGAGCUGGAGAAGGAAAGGCGAGAACUCAUCCGGAGUCAGGCCAUGAAGAAGAAUCCUGGCAUCGCGGCCAAAUGGUGGAAUCCGCCCCAGGAAAAAUCCAUCGAGGAGCAGCUGGACGAGGAACAUCUGGAGUCACACAAAAAGUACAAGGAGCGCAAGGAGCGCCGGGCGCAGCAGGAGCAGCUGCUGCUGCAGCAGCAGCCCCUGCCGCAGCUCUGCACGGCCCCCGCCUCCGCUCGGGAACCUUCCGGCAUGACCGCAAAGACGAAGGAGGACAUCGUCACAGAGCAGAUCGAUUUCUCUGCUGCUCGCAAACAGUUCCAGCUCAUGGAGAAUUCCAGGCAACCAUUGGCCAAGGGCCAGAGUAACCCCAGGCUCUUCUCCAUCAAGCCCUUCUAUAGGCCUCUGGGUUCGAUCAACUCAGACAAGCCACUGACCAUCUCGAGACCAGCUUCCCUCGGGGGUCCUGCAGAAGACGGUGGCACAUCGGCGGCCAAGGGGCAGAAAGCCCCCUGUGCCCUGGAGAGCCCGUCUCCGGGAGGAGGCCAGGGCAGCACGGCUCCUCAGGGGAAGGAAGGGCCCUACAGUGAGCCCUCCAAACGCGGGCCCCUGUCCAAACUGUGGGCAGAGGACGGAGAGUUCACAAGUGCCAGGGCCGUCCUCACCGUGGUCAAGGAUGACGACCCUGGGCUUUUGGAUCAGUUUUCCAGGUCUGUCAAUGUCUCUCUGACCCAGGAGGAGCUUGACUCUGGUUUGGAUGAGUUGUCAGUGAGGUCCCAGGACACCACUGUCCUGGAGACCCUGUCCAAUGAUUUCAGCAUGGACAACAUCAGCGACAGCGGGGCCUCCAACGAAACAGCCAACGCCCUCCAGGAAAAUUCACUGGCUGAUUUUUCUCUGCCCCAGACUCCCCAAACUGACAACCCCUCAGAAGGCCGAGGAGAAGGCGUCUCCAAGUCCUUUAGUGAUCAUGGUUUCUACUCCCCUUCGUCCACGCUGGGAGACUCUCCGUCGGUUGAUGACCCCUUGGAAUACCAGGCUGGUCUCCUGGUUCAAAAUGCCAUUCAACAAGCCAUAGCCGAGCAAGUGGAUAGAGCUGGGUCUGGAACCAGCAAGGGUGGAGCAGAACAACAGAGACCCAAAGCAACUCUGGAGGAAGCCGGGACUGGGGCUCCUCGCUCCGAGAAGCCUCAGAGCAUGUUCGAACCACCUCAGGUGUCCUCUCCUGUUCAAGAGAAAAGGGAUGUAUUACCAAAGAUCCUUCCUGCCGAAGACAGGGUGCUCAGGGAACGGGGACCCUCCUCCCCACCGCCCGCGGUGCAGCCCAGUGGCCCGAUAAACAUGGAGGAGACCAGGCCAGAAGGGAGCUAUUUCAGCAAGUACUCGGAGGCCGCGGAGCUGAGAAGCACAGCCUCGCUCCUGGCCACUCAAGAGUCUGACGUGAUGGUGGGUCCCUUCAAGCUGAGGUCAAGGAAGCAGCGGACUUUGUCCAUGAUCGAGGAAGAGAUCCGAGCAGCCCAGGAGAGGGAAGAGGAGCUGAAGAGGCAGAGACAAGUCUUGCAGAGCACCCAGAGUUCCAGGGCAAAGAACGCUUUGUCGCUGCCCUCCCGAACAUCGUGCUACAAAACCGCUCCCGGGAAAAUAGAGAAAGUCAGACCUCCUCCAUCCCCCACACCUGAAGGCCCCAGCUCGCAGCCUGACUUAGCCCCCGAAGAGGCUGCCGGAUCCCAGCGGCCCAAGAAUCUGAUGCAGACCCUCAUGGAAGACUAUGAGACACACAAAUCUAAAAGGCGCGAGCGAAUGGAUGAUAGUAGUGUCCUUGAGGCCACACGGGUUAAUCGAAGGAAGAGCGCAUUAGCCUUGCGCUGGGAGGCGGGGAUCUAUGCCAACCAGGAGGAGGAGGACAAUGAAUAAUAAACUUCCUUCCACCCACGAAGCUUCGUGCGUGCUUGGGUUACCAAGAAGCCAAGCCAUCCACACAUCACAGCAUUUUAAUGGAGUAUUUAUUAAAGUGCAAACAAACUCAGCAAUCCUUCCGUAGACCAGAAGCUGCAAUGAUGAACCAUAACGUGAAAAAAGAAGUCCACCCAUCAAACUCUAACCCCCAGGAGUCACCAGAGAAAGGAUUUUUUGUGGCUCAGAGAAUCGCCUGGAUUUGGACCAAUCUGCAACUGUUCCAAAGGACAACGAAGUUACAAGCAAAUCAACAUGGUUGCUCCAGGCAGAACUGAGACCAGCCCGGCUGGGUGGGAGGAAACGCAAUGGCGAUGGGCCCAUUUGAGAGCAGUGGGCCCAGGCGGGUGCAGUCUACAGGCACAGGUGCUCUCUGCACCCGUGGCCCGCCUACCGCUCAGCAUCAGAGGUGCUGGGUUAACUCCAUUGACUCCAGCAGCCAUAACAUGAAUCCUGUUUCUCUCCUUGCUGAGAAGAGGCAAUGAUGAUUCCAUUUAUCUUACACUUCCUUGUUUUUAAUCUGGAGCAAUGAAUGAUCGCAAUACAUAAAAAUCCCUAUUUUUAAGACAAUGUUUCUUCAUAUUGCAAAACACAAUCUGUUCUACAUGAGGAGGUUGAGAAAGGGGGAGAAAGCCAAAACCAAAUGGAUUAUUUUAGCUUUAGGAUCUUGUCUGCUUAGGCUAUUGACUGAUCUGCAGGUUAGGAGAACACAUUUUCAUGAUUAUGUUUCUUCCUAUGAAAACUAUAUUUAGUGGACAACAACUAUUUUUAUGAUGGGAUGGGGGAAUAUAUCCAUGUAUAAAGCCUGUACACAUUGAACAUCUGGUUCAAGAGGGUAGGGGUAUUUUUAGAAUGGCAACAAUUGAAAAGGGGCAAACUCUGCCUUAGAGAGGUAGAUGACGAGAAACGAAAAGGGGUUUAUAUUUUAUAUCAUAAAGUGGACCUUAGGGGUGGUAGGAAGAAUGAGAAAUUAUUUUGGAUUAAUCAGAAAUGAAACAUUAAAGAAAGGUCAUGAAGGUAGAGAGAGAAGGGAGGGAGGAAAAGUGGGGGAAAUAAGGAAGUAAGAGGUAUUUUUGUUGAGCAGCCAGUGUUUUUCCGGAUGAUACAGGAAAAUAUAGACUAGACAUUUAAGUGCAGGCUUGGAAUCAGCUACAAAUGCUAAAGAUGGUGUGUGUGAGUGUGGGUGCUUGUGUACACACGCACUCACCUACCUCUGUGUGUUUGUGUCAAGUGUGGAUGCCCACGAGGAAGAGUGUGCGUAUGUCAGGAUUAAAAUCCCAGAGCGAUCAUGGGACAGGGUGUGCAGUUAUUUCCUCCAAAGCUCUUAGCCAGCGUCAGGAGUGAGUGAGGAUUUCUUUUUUUAUGAAAAGGGAGAUAGAGGCACCGAACUGAUGCAGUAUUUGUCAUUGUCAACUGACCUAACAUGGUAUUUGCAUGAGUCACAAUUGCAGAGUUUGGAGCAGUUUUGUAACUUGACGUUUAGGAAAGUACCAUAUUUAUUCUCAUGCUUUGUAUUCACGCGUAGCAUACUACAGAGGAUGCCAGCUUUACUCUUUCUGUCAUUUAAAGCAAUAUGACAAGGGCACCCCGUAACGGAGUGCCCCAUGUUUCUGGAUGAGAAAAUGUUCCAUUCUGGCCAUGAGAAAAAAACCUGACCAGCAUUCUUUUUCUUUUCUUUUUUCCCUUUUGUUUUAAAACUGUGGUUUUUACAAAUAAGCAAUAAUGAAGUCAGACCUCACUAAAAUUCAUUUUUGUUUUUAUAUUGUUGUGUCCUAAGCUCUAAUGUGUUAUUCUGAUGAGUAGCAACUCCACAAAAUUUGUAUGUAGAUGUUGUGCACAUUAUCUUUGUUUCUUUUA